GAUGUUUGCUAUGGGGAAGAUGAGUAAUCAUUCCAAUGUCACUUCGUGUGAAAAUGUUGCAACAGCUUCAUGCAGGACAUAGUGGAAUAGUAAGGAUGAAAGAAAUCGCGAGAAGCUAUUUCUGGUGGCCAGGCAUGGACAGACAAAUCGAAGAAAUGGCUACAAGUUGUUCAGCUUGCCAGAAGACAAGAAAUAAUCCCCCACUAGCUCCUCUCCAUCCUUGGGAAUUUCCACAAGAGGCUUGGCAGCGUGUGCACAUUGAUUUUGCAGGACCAGUGGAAGACAGAAUGUUUCUGGUCGCUGUCGAUGCACACAGCAAGUGGCCUGAAGUGGCUAUAAUGAAGUCAACUACAACAGAAAAGACAAUCGAAAAACUAGGAGAGAUGUUCAGUCAUUUUGGAUCACCAGCUCAACUAGUCUCUGACAAUGGACCCCAACUUGUGUCGCAGGAAAUGUCUGUUUUUCUACAGGCUAACGGAGUGCAACACAUCACAUCAGCUCCUUACCAUCCUGCUACUAAUGGCCUUGCUGAAAGGUUUAUACAGACUCUUAAACGAACACUCAAAGCAUCACAAGGACAGGGGAAACUACAUCAAAGACUCCAUAACUUUCUGUUGAACUACAGAAACACUCCUCACAGCACUACAAGAUCAUCUCCUGCAAACUUAAUGCUCAAAAGAGACCUGCGUACUGCCUAUGAUCUGUUGAAACCCGCAGCAGUGAAAGAGGUAGUUCAAGGUCAACAGGAAAAACAGAUACAACGCAGAGAGCGACAGGCUAAGAACAGAGUUUUCACAGCAGGAGACACUGUGUUGGCAAGAAACUAUAGUGGAGGACAUAAAUGGGUUCCUGCUACGGUCAUUGCCCAAACUGGACCAGUUUCUUAUACCGUCCAGACAAAUGAUAGUGUUUGGCGAAGACACGCUGAUCAACUCCUCUCCGUUUCACCAGCAUCAUCAGAGCUGUUCCCAGGAGAUUCUUCAGAGGCACUGACCGACACUUCAGUUCUUUUCCCCACACAAAUGCCGUACCCAGUUCCAGUUGUGCCGGCUGUGGAUUUGACAACAGAAGGGACUGAGACACCUGUUCAGUCGAGUUCCAAAGACAUCUUACCCUCAUUGGACAAUAAGACUGAUGUUCCCACAGAGCGCCGAUAUCCUCAGAGAGAGCGGCGAACCCCUGUUCGCCUGGAUCUUUAGAGUAGUUCAGUGGCAAUUCCAAACCAUUAGGGGCAGAAUAAUUCCCUUGGAAUCAGUCAAGGUAUCGAGAUAGUCUACCCCCAUCCCUGAGUUAGAGUUCAUAACAUGUAUGCUUAUGUGUAUUGACACAGGAGAAAGAGAAUGGUUGGCUGUGAUGUUCAAUCACCAGUGUUGUCAUGUUUUGCUAUGUUAACGCAAUGUUUGAUACCAGAAGUUGGGUGGAUGUUCGUAUCCUUGGGAGCUAACUAAUUUUUCUGUUAUUUGCAUGGGGGAACAUCAGUUGU